GAGAAAUCUCGCGAAUUAUGUUACGAUUUUGUCGAUCAAUACGGUGACUUUCUCUCCGCUACGUCGUGCUCGCGUGUUUCAGCUCCGCUCGGCUCCGCUGGACAACUGAAUUUUCAGCAUUUCUUCUUGGCCGUUUUCCGAGCCAGCGAGAAACGAACGAAAAAAAUCGAACGAAUGAACGAACGAACAAGCAAACUUCCGCAUUCCACUGGAUCGCGAACAAAUAAGUGAACGAACGAGCAAUCGCUUGCCGAUGUAAAUAUAGCUGCAAAAAUUAUAAGCAUAUAGCCAUGGAACAUUCUGACUUAGUAGCAGAAAUGGUGCAUGUAGAAAGACUAACAACUCAAGAGAGAUUGCAUUUGGCCCGCCACAGAAGGCUUCAGCAAUUAAAAGUAUGGCGCCAGCGUGAGAAAGAAUGGUUGAGACAUCAAACUAGGCAUACAAGUAACAAACGUCAUAUAUAUUUUAAUGACAGUGUUAUGCUUUUGGAAGCUGCAGCAAGAAACGACAUUGAUGAAGUGAGAAGGCUUUUAAAAAAGGGAGUAAAUCCAGAUUCGACAAAUGAAGAUGGGUUGACAGCUUUGCAUCAGUGUUGUAUAGACGAUAAUGAAGAAAUGAUGAAACUAUUAAUUGAGUUUGGAGCAAAUGUUAAUGCAGAAGACAGUGAAAAAUGGACUCCGUUACAUGCUGCUGCUACUUGUGGUCACCUACAUUUAGUUAAAUAUCUCAUUGCCAGGGGUGCCAAUUUAUUAGCUGUUAAUGCUGAUGGUAACAUGCCUUAUGACAUUUGUGAAGAUGAAAAAACAUUGGAUUGCAUUGAAGGAGAAAUGGCAAGAUGGGGAGUAACUCAAGAAUUGAUAGAUGAAACAAGAGCUUCGAUAGAAGUUCAAAUGUUGAGAGACUUACAGCAUAUUACUUCUGUGGGUGGUGAUCUUGAGUAUAAGGAUCAUCAAGGUGCUACACCACUUCAUAUUGCAGCUGCAAAUGGUUACUUACGAGUGGUUGAGUUUCUUUUGGAUCAACAUGUUGCAACAGAUGUUGAAGAUAAUGACAAAUGGCAACCAGUUCAUGCAGCUGCAUGUUGGGGACAUCUAGAAGUUCUUGAGUUAUUAGUACAAAAUGGAGCAGACUUAAAUGCUAAAAAUAAGCACGAAGAAACUCCAGCUGACAUUUGUGAAGAUCCUGAAAUAAGAGAAAGAAUAGUGGAACUUAAAACGGAGCAAGAGAGUAAACGAUUACGGGAAGCACAAGGAAGACGAGUACGCAGAUCUCAAAGUAUAAAUACACGUACUCAAAGUGUAAGACGAACUUCAAUCAGAGAUAAGGUUUUGACCACGAAAAAGGAUGCGCAAGAAGAAGCUCGUCUCAGAUUACAAGCACAACAGACAUACGUUGGCAAUUCAGCGGCGAAUGUGCCUCAAACAGAAAGUGAAAUUAGUGCACGAGAGAAUUCAAGUAGUGAGAUUGAUUCUACUGGACCGCCAACAGCAGUACGAAAAGGUCCCGAGGGAAAGGAUAAUGAAUCUUUCCUUCACGAAGACGUCGAUAAAGAAUCAGUGACAGGGUCCGACCGGUCGGUCGGUAAUCAACAAUCAAUCUACACGCCGGACCGUGACACCAAUGGCAAGAUCAACAUACACGUCUCGGUAGUUUUUGUCAAAUCGUUGUCGGAUUUGAAGAAACAAAGGGCGCAGAAUCGACACAUAUCUACGGGCUCGAUAGACGCGAAUGGAAAUGGUAUUCCUGUAUCGUCUAUCGCCAAUUCGGAACUCAACGCUGGCGGAGACUUUCAACGAUUCACCGGAAACACCAGCGACAUUGUCGGUGACAACCACUCCGAAAAAAACUGCUGCACCGUCAUGUAA